ACUGGUAUUAUGAUCCCUAAUUAUUAUUAUAAAAGCUUUUCUCUCUCUCUCUCGCCGUCUCUCAAUUUCACAUCGUCAAGAAGCUCGAGCAAAUCUAUAGCUAGCUUUUUGGAUCGUCCUCUGGUAGAGAAUUAUGGAUAGAGAUCUGAUAAGCAAUUUGCCAGAUGAGAUUCUUGGCAAAAUCCUGUCUUUACUUCCGACAAAAGUGGCCGCUUCCACAUCGGUUCUGUCCAAGAGAUGGAGCAGGAAGAAUCUGCUCCUUCUUGUAGACACCCUUUGUUUUGAUGAAUCGGUGGUUGUGUAUCCCAGCGAGGAAGAAGCCAUUACUGGUUCACAUCUCUUCUCUGAUUUCGUAGAUAAAACACUUGCUCUUGUGCUCACCAACACCAGUUCUCACAUCAACAAGUUAUCUCUAUCGUCUCUGUGUCGUCUGCCCCUCACCCGUUGGAUAUUGACUGCAUUGGAACACCCUUAUUUAUUGGAACUACACUUGUACGCACCUCACACCCUUUUUUCCGGUAUUUGUAUCGAAACCAAGUUUUUCACGAGUAACACACUCGUGAAGCUCACGUUAUCUGGUGCAUAUGAUCUUGAGGCCGAGCGUGUGUUUCUCCCAGCCCUCAAAUCACUUUCUCUCUUAUCAACUUCGAUUGGUCAUGACUACUACUCUCUCCUCAUCGAUGGCUGCCCUGUGCUCGAAGAUUUAUACAUACGUGAUGGUGAUUGUCCCGACUCUAUUGCUGGUUGCGGUACGGACGUGGAAUGUGCAUCCAUCAAGCGACUUGUGAUUUUUUCCAUUCUUCCCUACGACCAACCGGCUCACCACCGAAUCGUGUAUUUCGAAGCACCAAGCCUUGUGUACCUUGACUACUCUAGCUUUGUCUCCCAACACUAUGAGGUUGCUGAUUUGGAUUCGCUUGUCGAAGCCAGGCUGAGUCUCAGGUUAUGGGUGGAGUACGUUGAUUAUGAUUAUGAUUAUGAUUAUGAUUAUGAUUAUGAUUAUGAUUAUGAUUAUGAUUAUGAUUAUGAUUAUGAUUAUGAUUAUGAUUAUGAUGAUGAUGAACAAAAGCCGCCUAUGUAUGGUGAUGUUACAGAUCUCGUUGCGGGUAUCCGCAACAUCACGACCCUUCACUUGUGUCCUGAUUCCCUUGAGGCGUUUCAUUUCUGCUGUAAUUCCAUGCCCGUCUUCAACAACCUCCGUAAUUUAUCUAUUGAGAGUAACGAGAAUAAUGGUUGGCAAGUAAUGCCACUUCUGCUCAAGAGUUGUCCAAAUCUACACGCUUUAUCCAUCAAGGGUCUUGUCCACAGAGUAACAAACAACUGCGGUGAUGCAUGCGCUUGCAUCCCUGAGAAGAAGAGGAGGAAGAUUUUGAAGAAGGACAUAUCUUGUUUAUGGACAUGUCAAGUGAAGUUGCUAGAAAUCUCAGAUUAUGGAGGUUCUUCUCAAGAGCUGAGACAGAUGAUUCAUUUCUUGGGCAAGUUGGCAUGUCUUGAAACUGUCAAAGUUGGCGUUAUAGCAGCAGACGACGACAACAGCAACAACAACAACAAUGAGUUGGUGCGAGCUAAUGUAGUGGCUCUACCCAGACUUUCAUCAAAGUGCAACAUCCAAUUCAUCUGAUCUUUCUUUCUUCAAAGUGCAACAUCCAAUUCAUCUGAUCUUUCUUUCUUCAUCUGCUCUAUCUGUUUCUGACAGACAAUAUUUCUAUCUUUGCCACAGUUAUGUUUCUAGCUAUAGA